AGGACAAUCCGAAGAAACCCGGACGGAUGGCAGCCCUGUGAUAACCUCUCAAUCGUUUAGCAUAUCAGGAGGCAAACAUCAACAAUCACAGGGCGUGGUGUCUGUCAACCGCACCGAGCUGUGAAAUUGAUUAGACAUGCGGCUAACGGGGCGCGCUUCAGAGCUACCUACUUGCUAUUCCAGUCUGCCCCACGCCUCGACACAGAAACGUCCUACAGUACCUAACUGUUUACUCUCGUCUCUUUACGACCCGUUUGCUACUUGCGAAAGACAUUAUCUAAUCUCCACUAAUAAACCAAAGGACAAGUUUAUCACCAAAAUUUAAGCAACAGGCAAACAAGCGACGAAAGAAUUCACUGUGCGUAGGGCUUCUAAAAACGUUAUCGCAUCCUGAUAUAAAACACAAUAACAUUAGUUCUCGAGCCAGUCAACAACGGUACCUUCUCUGCAGCGGUCAAAAAUGAGACGCGCCGUUUUUUUGUUAACUUUUUGCUGUUACACGUUAGCGAAGAACUGCGAUGAGCGUUCCGUUACCGCGUCCUACAAAAAGCCUAUCUAUGAGUUCUCAACCGGGCUUUUAGAUAGAGUUUCCCAAGAAACUGAUGGACAUUUCGUCUGUUCACCGAUAAAUUCGUGGCUGCAGCUCGUGAACCUCGCACAAGGCGCCCAUGGAGCUACCCUCAAGCAGAUCUGGAAGGUGACCGGACAUGGGAAGCCCUGCAUGCAACGGACUUUAAGAAAAACCCUCAACAGUUUAUACGGGGAAGUGAAGGAAUAUAAAAGCCAAAGUUUAGUGAUAGUGGAUAAAUAUUUAGCAGUGAAAAAGGAUUUUAAAAGAAGAGUUGAACAAUCGAAAACAGUUAGAGUGGUAUCUCUAGACCGGGAUACUCCUUAUGAGUCUGCAGAUCAAGCGAGUGAGAUUAUAGAAAGAGCUACUGGUGUCGGGAAUAGUAUAGACCCGUUCGAAUUCAAGUUAACUUCUCUGAUGUUGGCUGAUGUGGCAACAUUCAAAGCUGCUUGGCGACAACCUUUCGAUCCUGGCUUCACCGCUCGAGAGCCUUUCUACCACGGAAGCGUAAAAGUGGGUGAAGUUAAUAUGAUGUCCAGCAUAGGAUACUUCCACUACAUAAACUUAACUGCCAUUAAUGCCGAAGUUUUGGAACUUCCCUGCAUCGAUGAAAGGCGUUCUAUGCUCAUAUUUCUGCCCACAAACGGGACUAUUAAGGAUUUAUUUUUCCACAUGAAACGAAUAAGGAUAGCGACUAUCUUCAACCUUUUCAAGAAAUCCAAAAACAAACUAGUCGUGUUAAGAUUGCCAAGAUUUAAGAUAAGCAGUGAAAUAGUGAACUUACCGGAGUUGAUCAGCGAUAUGGGUGUGUCAUAUAUUUUCAAGUCUAGUGGUAAUCUUAAGGGUAUAAGUGAUUAUCUGAUACGAGUGAAUAGGAUGAAGCAAGUGGUGGAGAUAGAGGUGACUGAGGAGGGUGUUUCGGCCGAGAUAGUUCAAAAUCUAAUUAAUCCGGAAGUGGAACCGAUCAAGUUUGAGGCGGACAGACCGUUUGCCUUUAUGUUGGUAGACAAACCGACAGAAAUUGUGUUAUUUGCUGGAGUAUACUCUAACCCAUCAGUGUUCUAGUA